CACCAAAAUCAUACGAGAGAGUUUCCACCAGCUCAGUUCCUUAUAACUACCCAUUUUAUCCUGCAUAUGAGCCUGUGGAGGGUCAGGUGUGUAACUUCCUGUCAGCUGCUGACCGGAGCUGGAGGGACUUCCUGUGUGAGCAGAAGCCGCUGUCAGAUGUUCAGUACAGCCAGAGCUCAUGCUGGAACACUGCUGUUUAUUCUGGAUCUUUCUACAACUACAGCACCACCGACCUGCCUCCGUCACAAUUCAGCCUGGACAUCCAGCCUGCAGGGGGCAGCAUACUGACAGAUGUGCGUCUGCAGGUCAGUGUGUUCAGCGGAGAGUCUCUGCUCACAGAAGUCACCGUCUCCAGUGUUGAGGGCUGUCGGCUGGCCCCUGAGGACCCCAGCUGGACCUACGGCGGCCCCGAGCUGGUUCCUCUGCCCCAGCAGGAGUGCAGGGGAGCGCUGGAGGGUGGGGUCCUGCUGUGGAUGAGCCCCGAUGGCCUGUACGCCCGCCGCUGCUGCCAGAGCCGCGUUUACUGCGACGCCACACACACACGACUGCUCAAACUGGACACACAGCAGACCUGCAAACUACUGGACACGCAGAUCUUCCUCACAGAACUGCAGGCUUAUGUGCUUCAUGCUCGGCCUCCUCCACGUUUCCAUGCACAGCUGUUAUUUGAGAGUUAUGACCGCUCAGAACGACCGCUGACUGUCCAGGUGGAGCCACUGUUCGCCCGUCAGCUGAUACUUCUCCUACAACAGGGCGGAGUCAGUCACAUCCGACACGCCCACGACCUUUCUCCUUUGACAGCAGAGCAGAUUCACCCGACCUUUCAGGACCACGCCAGUGGAGUUCAGACUCAUGGAAACUUCUCCCACCAGUGACGCCAGAGACAACCAUUGAUUUAAAUGCGCAUAUUAAUUAUAUUAAACAUACCUAUGGGAUGUUGCUGUGGAAUUUAGCAACUUAAUGCAUUAAUACAGGAUAUGAGAGUUCUAAUAUUUACAAUACAUACAGCUGAAGUCAGAAUUAUUCGCACUUCUGUAUGUUUUU